GGGCACUGUUCAAUUAGGUUUACCAACAUCUCGAAACACAUAACACGAUUCACUCGGCGGGCUUCAUAAUAUUAUUUUCUAGGAGUUGCUAGCUGCUAGGCUAUAUUUUCAGUUAAAGGGACGUUUUACCUCCCCCUGUUGGCGUGCCCGGACUAUGCUGGUGCGCAGCGGCGGGGUAGUGUUGACUGCUGUCCCCUCGCCUUGCCCAUUUUAGUCAAUGCCUGUCAGUUCACUGGAAUGCGCGACUCACAUUGUGCAGUCCCCCAGCUCGCGAGGACAUACAUUUAUAGCUCCUCAUUACGUGUCCAUUGUUUUCUAUUCACUAUCCUCUCCAGCGACGCCUUUGAUCGAUUGUUGUCAGAUUGGUGAGGAUCAGGAUGUCUUCCUCUCCAGAGAUGACCAAUAGCCUGUUCUACACCACCCUGGCCCCCCUGCGGUCGGCAGUCCCUGGGUCUGUACCCGGGGCUGGAGGUGGAGGUCUGGUGAUGACCACCAUGGAGCCCAACAUAACCUCCUGUGAGGAGUGGGAGGAGGCCCACCACCUGCUCUUCCACCUGGGGAACCUGUCUCUCCUCCUGGGCCUGGUCAUCCCCACCACCCUGACCCUGCACAUGAUCCUGCUGCGCCUCAUGCUGAUGACAGGAAGCUGUCUGUUCAUCACCUGGGCAACGCUGUACCGGUGUAACCUGGAUGUCAUGGUGUGGAACGUGGUCUUCCUGCUGGUCAACUUCAUGCACUUCUUCUACCUGGUCUACAAACGCAGACCUAUUAAGAUUGACAGGGAGCUGAAGUCAGUGUACAAGCGCAUGUUUGAGCCCCUUCACGUGCGCGAGGCCCUGUUCCAGAGACUGACGGGCCAAUUCUGCACCAUCCAGAGCCUGAAGAAGGGACAGGUGUAUGCUGCCGAGGACAAGACCUCCGUGGAUGAGCGCCUCAGUAUCCUCCUUAAAGGAAAAAUGAAGGUGUCAUAUCGAGGUCAUUUCCUCCAUAACAUCUACACCAACGCCUUCAUCGACUCCCCUGAGUUCAGAUCAACCCAGAUGAACAGAGGAGAAAAAUUCCAGGUGACCAUCAUGGCGGAGGAGAAUUGUAAAUUCCUGUGUUGGUCCAGAGAGAGGCUCACCUACUUCCUGGAGUCUGACUCCUUCCUGAACGAGGUGUUCAGGUACCUCAUUGGCAAAGACAUCACCAACAAGCUGUACUCGCUCAACGACCCCACUCUCAGUGACAAGGCAGCGAAGAAGAUGGAGCGUCAGCCCAGCCUGUGCUCCCAGGUCUCUAUGAUGCAGAUGAGGAACAGCAUGGGCAGCACCAGUGACACCGAUGACAUCCUGAACCAGAUCCACCGUGGAGGCUCCAGUGGCUCUUCACAUCAAAAAUCUCCUGCCUCCAAGACAUCCAAAACGAUGAAGCCCAUUGAAGAAAAUAUAGAAGACGACGUCUUUAUAGAGUCUGAGCCAGACUCUCCUGUUAAGAAACGCCACACCCCCACGACAGCCAUAGAGGAGGUGUAAGGAGAUGUGACAUUAUCCUACAACACCACUGACCACCCACCUAUCCUGUAAUCUGAUACAGACCCAGACCCUGGUUAGUUAUGGUAGAAUAACUUAAACAAUAGCUUGAAAAAGGCUUUUACAUGAUCAAAAUAUCUAUCUACAAACAGAACUGUAGAUUUUGGCAUCUCACUUUGUCUUGUAGUGUUUGGUAUUAUUGUGAGUUUGUAGCUGUUGUACUUUUGAAAUCCUGUUUGAUUGGAUGUUGUACAAUGCCUUUGCUUUAGCUCUUAUACUCAGUGAGUGUUCCAAAAGCAUUACGUGUCACAACCAAAACAUUUUAGUGUAAAAGCACAACCUCUGAGGACGGUUUCUUUUAAACCUUUUACUCAUUGUGUGUCAUAUUGUGUGAUUCAUUCUCUUAUUUAUGCACUGAGCUUCUGCAGUGUUGUGCUUCGAUGAAUGCAGAUGUAACAUGUUAAACUUCCUGGUCAAUGCUAA